AUGUCAUGCGUGUCGGGCACCGCUGCAAAGGACGCAUCAAGGCCCACCGAGAAGAGCGAUGGAUCGCUGGCCGCUUCAUCCUCGUGGAACGAUGCGAUCUGCCAUGGGAGCGGUGGCAGCAAGAGGGAAGAAGGCAUGAAGAGGUUCGCUUUGAGACGUCUCAAGAAUGGUCGCCGGCCACUGCAUCCUCGUGAAAAGCUGCGAUCUGCCAUGGGGGCAAAGCCAAGGGCGCCAAGCCAAGAGAGCUGUGGGAGUGAUGGCAAUGAGUGGGAAGAGGGGAUGCAUGGGUUAGGGGAUGUGAUGAGUGGGUGGCAACAACUAGGGGAUGUGAUGAGUGGGUGGCAACAACUAGGGGAUGUGAUGAGUGGGUGGCAACAACUAGGGGAAGCACGUGAGGUCAAGGAGGACCAACCCCACGCGCAAGCAGAGGACCAACCCCACGCGCAAGCAGAGGACCAACCCCACGCGCAAGCAGAGGACCAACCCCACGCGCAAGCAGAGGACCAACCCCACCCCUAA